AUUUGAUUCUUAGGAUGAAUAUGGAUACUACAGCAGUUCGAUCCGAAUCCUUUUCUUUUCCUUCUUCUUUUUAACCAAUUCAUUCAGUGUCGACUUGGAUCGACUCGAUCCGAUCCGUCAAUGAUCCGGAUGCUACGGGCAUUAGAAAACCCGGCAUUACCUGACCCAAGAGCAUAAAAUCUCGAUUCUAUUUCGUUAGUUUGUUCUCGGGUCAAUUUCACCGAAGUGUUUUUAGUUCAUCAAUAAGCACUUGCAUGGGUAUGUAGAAGGAAAAACGGAAGAAGAAGAGCUAGGAGGAGUUUAGGUAACAAGGUAUUUUUUUAGUAUUCAAUUUGGUCUUGUUGACGGAUUCGCGAUCACUUCAGGUGCUGGAAGUUUUGCCUUUAAACUUGAUAAUGCAAGCUUUUAAUUGCAUAUUAAUUACCGAUUGUAGAUUGCAUUUGUGCAACACAUUCAGUUGAAGAAGGUUUUUGGCUUGAAGCUUUUUCUUUUUUGUGGGAGUGUUUUGAUAUGUCUGAUUCAAAGUCAAGUAAAGAAAAGGGUGAUACAAAGAGGAAUCUUCCUUCUUGGAUGAAUUCAAGGGACACUGGAAGUAAAUCUAGUGAAAAGAAGCUAACUAGCUCUGAUAAAAAUGAAGAAAGCAAAGAACACAAAGACAAUUACAAUUCCAAGGAAACUACCAGCAGCAGAAAAUCUACGGGUCCCAAUUCAACUUCUUCAAACUUUUCUAAACUUUUGGAAGGUGUAGUAUUUGUGUUGUCUGGGUUUGUUAAUCCAGAGCGUGCAACAUUGCGAUCACGGGCUCUGGAAAUGGGAGCAGAAUAUCGACCAGAUUGGAGCUCCGAGUGCACACUCUUGGUUUGUGCAUAUUCAAAUACUCCCAAGUUUCGACAGGUGGAAGCAGAUCGUGGAACGAUUGUUAAGAAGGAAUGGAUAAUAGAUUGUUACAGCCAGAAGAAGCUUGUUGAAAUUGAUAGCUACAUGAUGCACGCUGGGAAGCCAUGGCGGAAAACCAAUGUUACUACAGAGAGUAGCAGUGAUAAAAAGUCAUCGCCACCUAUGAAAUCUGAGAAACAAGUUGAAAGAGGAUCACAUUCAAAACCAACUGCCUCUUCAUACAAUAAGAUUGCCUCUACUCCUGCCAAAGAUCACUUCUCUCCAUCUAAAAUAAAGGAAUGGGCUAUUGAUGAUCUGAAUAGAACCAUCUCAUGGCUGGAGAGUCAAGAGGAAAAGCCUGAGCCAAGUGAAAUAAAACAAAUAGCUUCUGGAGGGAUCAUAAUUUGUUUACAAGAUGCCAUAGAUUCCCUUGAGCAGAAUCAGGAUGUGCGGCAAAUAGCAGAGCAGUGGAAUGUUGUCCCUCGUGCAAUUGAGGAGUUGAUAAAGCUUCUAGAUGCUGGAAAAAGUUCAGCUUCUCUUUCAAAGGAAGAUCUUUGCAGAAAGGCCAAGGAAUGGAAGCAAAUUUACGAGGCACAACUUUCUAAUGCAAAUGAUGAUUCUAAGUUAAAGAAGAGAAAGUUGAAGACUGAUGAAAGUGAGAGGGCUAGCAAUGGGAGACCUAAUAAUGACAUCUCUGGUGUUGCUACAAAUUAUGACAGUGAUGAAACAAUUGAAAUGACAGAGGAGGAAAUUGACCUUGCGUACAAUAAUGUGGUCACUAAGAUUUGCAAAUCAUAAGCAAUUCUCAUGAAAGCUUCAUCUCAGAAUAGUUAUUUUUGUCAAUUUUUGCUGGUAGAAGUUGAAGAAAUUCAAAGAAAUAUUUUCCCAAACAGAAAUUUACAUCCAUUUUUGUACAGUUAACAGGGUGUUUCUGGGUUUAGAUGUCUUGCGAGGUGUUUUUCAAAGUUUUUCUUAUUAUUUUCAAUUAAUAAAUUUACUAUUUUCAUUUUUGGUAUUACUGGUGUAUUCAUCCAUAGGGUAGGACCACAGCAUUUCUUUCUUGUAUUUGAGAGUUUUGUUGAACUUUUACAAGUUGCAUCUGUCCUCCCUUUUUUUGUUUAA